AUGAACGUACAACAAGUAGCUGUACCACUCUCUGUUUACUACUUUGACGAUCGUCCCAUCGCUGGUCUAACCAAUCAGGUCGCUUCCUGCUGUCUCUGUACCGAGAAACACUGUAUCCGCAUCCAAGCGUCGCCGGAGCGAAUUAUGCAGGAGUUUCUACGGUACCGACUCCAGAACAACCGGCUGUUUGUCAUUGCUAUCUUCCUGAGAGAACUGCCCCAAAAAUUACUGGCUCGUCUGUUUGGAAGAUCCAAGCCGGCCAAACCGUUUGAUUUCACCACGUUCACCGUUCUGGAACAGUCCAAAACGGAGAUCGUGUAUGGCCUUGUUGGCCGGUUCUGGGCUCUAGACUUUGGGCUUGAGCCAGUGCAAAACGGCGACGAGUUUGUCCGUGCAAACGAGCCAGGCGUGGCCAAACUGGCUCUCACUUUCUGUGCCUCAGAAACACAGUUCACCACGGAGUCGCGCGUGUACUGUCCCGACUGGACGUCGUGGCUGAAAUUUCUACCCCCGGGCGAGAAAAAAUUAUCCAAAUACCUAAUGUACAAUGGGAUUGGACUGAGCACGGCCAGAGGGUCGGGCACGAACGGGUACGUCCAGCGGAACCUGACAAACGUGUACGGGGACUCGCGGAUCGACGAGAGCGGCGGCAAACAGUACCUGAAGCGCCAGUUGCGGCAGAAGAGCGAACAGAGCCAGCACAAGCGAGACGGCGUGGCGGUGCGGGACCGCGAGAUCGCCAGCCACGAGCGCAAGCGCGCGAUCGAGCUCAAGGUGGCCGAGUACAUGGACGAAUUGGAGGACCAGGGAGUCGAGGGAGCGGAACUAGACGAGAAAGUCGCCGUCUACAGAGAAAAGCUGAGACAGGAAGCCACCAGAGACAGGUCGCCUAAACGAGCUCCGCAAGAGGCGCAAUCAUACGGGACAAAGCCAGACCCGUUCACCAAGAAACCGGCCACCCCGUCCAUCGCGCCAAAACAGAAACCCAAGAGCUUCGCAAACAUGUACUAG